GUCUGUACAUAUGUUGCGCGAAAACCCCCCACCGCGCCAAAAGAGUUGGGUGGGACCCACGUACAGAGUAACCAUAAUUAUGCUCGUCAUCGGACAGAUUCAGGUCUCGGUGGCCAUGGAGAUAACGCCCCUGAAGGAAUUUCUCGCGGAUCGCUACUACCUCAGUCUCGUGCAAUUUGUCGUCAGCUUUCUAUCCAUCCAGCUCUACGGAUUUUUCUACCACAUCAUCGUUAAAAAGCCGAUGUGGGUGCGGCUAUUGGCGGGCCUCUGGACGUACGAGGUUAACACCAUGUCGAUCAUGAAGCCCGCCAAACGUGCCCCUUAUAUAAGCCUCAUCCUGUCCAUCAUCCUAACAUUCCUCAUGAUGAUCAUCAGUGUAAUAUACGGAAAUAGUGCCAUCAAACACAAGAAAGGCCUUUUCGUAAGUGAGGAACUUGUUGACCCGCCGACACUUACCUCCUUUACCACAGACCACCCGGCACAAGGUUAUCCUGUGGAGCGAGCGGAUAUUUGUGCUCACCUGCUUUGGCAUCAUCGUGUGUGCCGAGAUGAAGCGUGUUAUUAUAGAGUUUCCAACCCUGCUAGUAUACACCAUUCUCUCGAGCGUGGUAAGCCUCGGGGAAACGAAUCGAUACACCUACUUUCCCAGGGUGCUGGGAGCAUCUUUUCAAUCGGGGUAAACAUUUUUAAAAUAACGACACAGUAUUCCUCCAAUUUUGUCCACAGUUUGUCAUGGUCUUUGCCGCUUCCAUGCGAAAGCCGAACUUCUACCGCCAGGAGUCGACCGGGGACUACAUACUGAUCGGCCAGCUGUACUAC